GUGAGGCGGGCCCUGCAAUGGCGGGCGACCUGCGGUGGUGGGGUGCCGGGGUGGCCGCGUUCCUCUGCGCCCUCCGUGUGCAGGCUGUUUGUGAGGGUGCCACUGUCACACAGGAGCUUUUGAAAGAGGGGUUUCACAGGGACCUGCUAUUGAAGGUAGAGCUUGGUGUAGUGGGGGAGCAUGCAGGAGGAUGCACAGUAGCAGCUAGAACUCAUCUUCCACCAGGAAUCUAUGUGGAUCCCUAUGAGCUGGCAUCACUACAGCAGCACAAUUUAACAAAGGCAGUGCUAAUUCCUGAGGUUGUUGAUGUGGAGGCUCCUGAGUACUUAGCCACAGAUCUUCUAGUUCUGCUGUACCUGGAACCUGACCCUUGGUGUUCUCACUGCUUUACAGCUGCCUUGCCUGUGCAUGGCCGGUACCACCGGCCGGCAGAAGACAGUGAGGAAGCAUUGGUUAUUCUGAAGAGCCCAGAAGUGCUGGUCUGCUGCUGUGACAAUCGCCUGCCAGCAGAGUGUUGGAAGCCUGCUGAAGUGGAAGCUGCCUGCUCAGGCAAAAAUGCUGGCCCUUGUCAGUGGUACAGUGUAACACACAAGCCUGCACAUGAGGAAUCCAUUCUGCAGGUUCCAGUGGGGCUCAGGCAACAUAGUUCCAUGGUGUGUGCCGUGACUCUUCUUGCCACAGUGCUCUGUUCCAGUCUGAUUCUCGUAGCCGUGUGCAAAUAUGGACAAUUCUCUGAGGUGACCUGCUCAGAAUAAAGAAAUAUGGAAUGACUAACUUCCAUCCAGCAAAACUUACAGUAUUACAUCUGCUUCCUAAAUGAAUCCUAUUUCACUGUUAUUUUGAUAUAAAUAAUGUAAGAGGGUCCCAUAAUGGGUUAUAAUCAUUUGGCCCAAUUCUUACGAACACUUUUCACACACCAGAACCUGCGGUUUGUUCAUAUUCAUAGCCCGUGGGUAUGAGAAACAUCAACUAGUCAUUAAAUUUCUGAAUUUUAA